CAUAUCGAACAAAAUCCCCAGCUCCUGACGCUAUGAGCUACUACUAUGGCAACUACUAUGGUGGCCUGGGCUGUCGAUGUGGAAGCCUGGGCGGUGGCUAUGGCCUAGGCUAUGGCUGUGGUUACAGUGGCUUCAGAGGCCUAGGGUGGGGCUGGGGAGGCCACAGAUAUGGCUGCUGCCGCCCAUCAUGCUAUGGAGGUUAUGGAUUUUCUGGCUUUUAUUGAAAAUGAAAAAGACUGUUGCUUUGGGACUUCAGAACUCUAAUACCACCCUACAGCUAAUUCUUUCAAGUCUGUCUCUGUCCAAUGAAAUUCAGAUGCUGCUCUGACCAUCUGGCUCUAUGUACAGUGAAAAGGACCAGAACUCACACGGAAGCCCUGAAACUGACCACCACCACCACCUCAUUCCAUGAA